GGUUCGGGGAGUGGGGGCGCAAUCUGAAUAAUUGAGGAGCUGUUCAGCAGCAGCGGCUGCCUCCUGCCUUCCUUUGCCGCCACCACCACUUCCCAUCCCAGCUAGAGAGACAGCUCCGCGCAGUAAGUGCGGACUGCCAGCCACCAGCCUCGGCAGCCAGCCCGUCGCCUCCAGCCCCGACCCCGACAUUCAUGCCCAGGAGAAGGCUGCACUGGGUCCCUCUGGACCUUUCCUAAAAGGGAGAUCCCUGUUCACUAGAUGAGUUCCAGAACCAUCCACUAAGGCUUUGUAGCUCCCUUCCAUCAGCUGACCUUCACUGCAUCCCCUAUCGCUCAAGAUGAGUGGCUUCUUCACCUCGCUGGAUCCCCGGCGGGUGCAGUGGGGGGCUGCCUGGUAUGCAAUGCACUCCAGGAUCCUACGCACCAAACCAGUGGAGUCCAUGCUAGAGGGAACUGGGGCCACCACGGCACAUGGAACUAAGCUAGCCCAGGUACUCACCACAGUGGACCUCAUCUCUCUUGGCGUUGGCAGCUGUGUGGGCACUGGCAUGUAUGUGGUCUCUGGCCUGGUGGCCAAGGAAAUGGCAGGACCUGGUGUCAUUGUGUCCUUCAUCAUUGCAGCCGUCGCAUCCAUAUUAUCAGGCGUCUGCUAUGCAGAGUUUGGAGUUCGAGUCCCCAAGACCACAGGAUCUGCCUACACCUACAGCUAUGUCACUGUCGGGGAAUUUGUGGCAUUUUUCAUUGGCUGGAACCUGAUCCUGGAGUACCUGAUUGGCACUGCGGCCGGAGCCAGUGCUCUGAGCAGCAUGUUUGACUCACUAGCCAACCACACCAUCAGCCGCUGGAUGGCGGACAGCGUGGGAACCCUCAAUGGCCUGGGGAAAGGUGAAGAAUCAUACCCAGACCUUCUGGCUCUGUUGAUUGCGGUCAUCGUGACCAUCAUUGUUGCUCUGGGGGUGAAGAAUUCCGUAGGCUUCAACAAUGUUCUCAAUGUGCUGAACCUGGCAGUGUGGGUGUUCAUCAUGAUCGCAGGCCUCUUCUUCAUCAAUGGGAAAUACUGGGCGGAGGGCCAGUUCUUGCCCCACGGCUGGUCAGGGGUGCUGCAAGGAGCGGCAACAUGCUUCUACGCUUUCAUUGGCUUUGACAUCAUCGCCACCACUGGAGAGGAAGCCAAGAAUCCCAACACGUCCAUCCCUUAUGCUAUCACUGCCUCCCUGGUCAUCUGCCUGACAGCAUAUGUGUCUGUGAGCGUGAUCUUAACUCUGAUGGUGCCAUAUUAUGCCAUUGACACGGAAUCCCCACUCAUGGAGAUGUUUGUGGCUCAUGGCUUCUAUGCUGCCAAAUUCGUAGUGGCCAUUGGGUCUGUUGCAGGACUGACAGUCAGCUUGCUGGGGUCCCUCUUCCCGAUGCCGAGGGUCAUUUAUGCCAUGGCUGGUGACGGGCUCCUUUUCAGGUUCCUGGCUCACGUCAGCUCCUACACAGAGACGCCAGUGGUGGCCUGCAUCGUGUCGGGGUUCCUGGCAGCACUCCUCGCGCUGUUGGUCAGCUUGAGAGAUCUGAUAGAGAUGAUGUCUAUCGGCACGCUCCUGGCCUACACCUUGGUCUCUGUCUGUGUCUUGCUCCUUCGAUACCAACCUGAGAGUGACAUUGAUGGUUUUGUCAAGUUCUUGUCUGAGGAGCACACCAAGAAGAAGGAAGGCAUUCUGGCUGACUGUGAGAAGGAAGCUUGUUCUCCUGUGAGUGAAGGGGAUGAAUUUUCUGGCCCAGCCACCAACACAUGUGGGGCCAAGAACUUACCAUCCUUGGGAGACAAUGAGAUGCUCAUAGGGAAAUCAGACAAGUCAACCUACAACGUCAACCACCCCAAUUACGGCACCGUGGACAUGACUACAGGCAUAGAAGCUGAUGAAUCCGAAAAUAUUUAUCUCAUCAAGUUAAAGAAGCUGAUCGGGCCUCAUUAUUACACCAUGAGAAUCCGGCUGGGCCUUCCAGGCAAAAUGGACCGGCCCACAGCAGCGACGGGGCACACGGUGACCAUCUGCGUGCUCCUGCUCUUCAUCCUCAUGUUCAUCUUCUGCUCCUUCAUCAUCUUUGGUUCUGACUACAUCUCAGAGCAGAGCUGGUGGGCCAUCCUUCUGGUUGUUCUGAUGGUGCUGCUGAUCAGCACCCUGGUGUUUGUGAUCCUGCAGCAGCCAGAGAACCCCAAGAAGCUGCCCUACAUGGCCCCUUGCCUCCCCUUUGUGCCUGCCUUUGCCAUGCUGGUGAACAUCUAUCUCAUGCUAAAGCUCUCCACCAUCACAUGGAUCCGGUUUGCGGUCUGGUGCUUUGUGGGUCUGCUGAUUUAUUUUGGAUAUGGCAUCUGGAACAGCACCCUGGAAAUCAGCGCUCGAGAAGAGGCCCUGCACCAAAGCACGUACCAACGCUACGACGUGGAUGACCCCUUCUCAGUGGAGGAGGGUUUCUCCUACGCCACAGAGGGCGAGAGCCAGGAGGACUGGGGCGGGCCCACCGAAGACAAAGGCUUCUAUUACCAACAGAUGUCAGAUGCGAAGGCAAACAGCCGGACAAGUAGCAAAGCGAAGAGCAAAAGCAAACACAAACAGAACUCAGAGGCCCUGAUUGCAAAUGAUGAGUUAGAUUACUCUCCAGAGUAGGAGAAACACACAAGUGGGUAGAAAUGGCGAUGAUUGAUUUUCAGUAACUUAACCUGUGGGCUAGAAGGUGAAAACUUUUUUGGCUCUCAUUUCACAAAUCCAGCCUUCCCCAAAUUCAAUCCCUAGUCAUAGCCUGUCAUUUGCUACUUUUGCUCUUCAGGAUAGUUCUGUUGAAGGGCUUAACCUGGUCCCCUAACUGGUCGCCUUGUUAAAUAAAAUAAAUAAAUAAACAAGAGGCUAUAUGAAAUUCCAUCUUAGGUGCAACCACCAGAGCUGAUGGUAGCAAAUGUUUCCUAGGUCUUUGCUUUGCUGGUUGAAGCCCAAGCAGAAGCUCUGGGCAGAAGGCAGAAUUUCAGUCACCUGAGACAUGGGGACAAAGCUCUGUUCUUGGCAUGUCAGGCUGAGUGCUGCUCCUCGAGGUCAGGGUGGGUAGGUGGGCAUUGGCACUUCCUGAGCAAGCAUCAUUUUAUCCUGCAAUCUCACCCAAAAUUAAUUCAUGGAAAAGACACAUGCUUCUUUUUAUUCACCAACAUUCUCACAGCUUCCAAACUAUAAUUUUAGGAUCCAGCAAAGGUCAGGGACUCUAGACCAUUUUCCCAAUGGUUUCAGAUUCACCAUAAAGCAGUCAUGCAGACCCAGUGAUAUGGUAAGAAGCACCAUCAAAGCUCUAUGUAAAUGCCCAGAAGAAAAUUAAAUAACCACAUCUUGCAGUGAAGGCCAGAAGCGCAUUGGCAGAAAUUAACUCUCUGUCAUGGCCUCUCUUAUAUCAGACUGCAGCUCCUGGUGAUAUGAUGAAAGAGGGCAAAGGUGGAGCAUGAUUUCAUGGCACUGAUAAGCCUUGAAGAAAUAGGUUGUUUGUUUUAUAAUCAGAUAAAAAUCUUUACAAGGAGAAGUGAGCCAGCCACUGAGAUCACAUUGCAAAUUCUCUUUCACAUUUCUAAAAUUAUAAAUUCUGUAGUUUUUGAGAUAUGCAACCACUUGAUUGGUGUGUGCUACUCUGAAAACAAAAUAGGCUGAAGUACAGCGACUUAGGUAGUUGCAUUCCAUGAGAUCACAUUUCACUUCUGAACUUUAUUCCUUGUGGGUAGCUCACUUUCAGAGGUGUAUUUUUUUUCCUGUUAUUUCCCAGAUUAGUUUCACUGAAGCCCAGAGAAAUAUCUACCUGGUAAGAUGUAAAUUGGGGCCAUAAAAGGGGCUAUUAAAAGAAUUUUCUCAGAAAUAGAAUAGAUGAGAGAAUUUGCAAAGGAAAAAAACACACAUGGGCUAUAAUAUAAAUUCUACUCUUGGAUUACAAGAAUUCCUGUGGCUGCACUGAGAUGCGUACAAAUGUAUGUGAAGGUACAAUUUGAAUCAAGCUAUCAUAAAAUUAACCAAGCUAUUAAAAUUAAUCAAGCUAUUAAUAAAAUCUCUGUGAGGAUUUCCUGAAAGAGGGACAAAAGAAGAAAUUCCUUGUCCUUUCUCUGCUGGAUGUAUCAGUAUGCCAAACGUUUUCCAGAAUAUAUUCGCUAACACUCAAGUCUGUUAUUUCUGAAAGGCUGAGGCUCAUGCCGUCUUGACAUGCUUUAGGAUUAUGGCAAGGAGGUAAAAGUCUAUUUUUUCAUUCAACUAACACUGGUUGAGAAUAGACCAAAUGCUAAGUGACAGGAAUGAACAGAAGCAUGGCACUUGCCCUUGGGGGCUACAGUCCAUGGAUAAGCAGCACUGGAGCCUGGUAAAUGCAGAUAAAACAACAAACUUGACAAGUCUCCAGGCUGAUGCACUGGGUUUUAACAUACGUAUAAAGACCAAUUGAAACUAGUUUUUAAAAAAUAUGCUUUAAAUAAAUUACAUAUCGUAAUCAUAGCCAAUGUAUACCAUUAAACUAAAAUAACUGCAAUUUUCUAGAUAUUUUUUAUUCUUCUGUAGUCAUUGUUUAGAACUCUGAUUUCCUGAGGUCAUUUUGUCAUUUUAAUGUCAUGCUUGACAAUGCUAUGUUUUCUCUUCCCUAGAGUUAACCAUAAAGAUACAGUGCCUACUCUGUGAAAUACAGCAUUGGGAAUUAAUUAUAAACUAAUUAUCAGUCAUCUUUUGAAAACAAAGUUUUGAAUUGGCUAUAGGACUCAACAAAUCUGCCUGGUUUAAAUAGAAUCUGUUAAGCUUGAUACACAUCUAGAUAGAUGAGGUGGGGUUGUAUUCAUUAAACAUGAGAAUAGAGAAAUAGGAGUGCAAAAUAGCAAAAUCUUAACAUGGGUGAAAGAGCUUCCUUUUACUAAUGAGGUUUAAGUAUUAAAGUAACAACAGCCUGGUGGCAGAUGAAUGCAAUUUCUAUAGGAUGGGAAUGGAAAAUGUAUGCUUUGGUUAACACCAUUGCUAUUGAUUUUGUGCAGAUUCUAUUAACCACUCUCAUUUCAGGAGCCAUUUUUCCCAAAUAGUAUAUUAGUAUAUUUUAAGCUUAGCUCCCUUUAUUUUUCUAAAGUUGAUAAAUCACCUCCCUAGCAACCUUAGUUUAAAAAAAAAAUCACUAAGAUAGAAAAAGUAUUUUCAGGUACGUAGACAUGUUUGUCCUCAGGUUUACCAGCUUCUGUGAAACAGUCCCAGAUUUUACAACACAGUUUUCAAAUACCAUCAAUCACUAGAAUGACAAUAUUACUCUUUGCUUAACAGGUUUCUAAACGAUGUAUUUGUGGGACCACAUUAAAAGUAAGAUCACCUUAUAAUUAUCUUAGAAACUUUACCCCUUGAAGGGAGUCCAAGGAAGACCUACAUUUUAUUGAAUUCUGAAUAGCAAAAACUCUCCGAGUGAGAUUUCAUUGUGUGGAUUUGUGGUUUGGAGCCAAUUACCUGAUUUUUUUCAGAUUUCAUUCUACUUAUUUAUUGGCUCUCUGCUUCAUUUCAAAAGAAUUUGAGGCAGCUACUAAAAUAUAUAUAAUACAAAACAAAAAUUAAGUGAGGAACUCAGGGCCAAUAAAAAUAGAAACAGAAAGGAUAAGACAAAACCAGAUGUAUAUUUAGUGCAUAAAUGCAGAACCCUGAUAUGCUUUACUAAGUUUGCCAAUGAGUGGCACCAUGAAAAAUAAUAGAAUUAGUGGUAAUGACAAGAAGAAGUACUUCUGCAUGAUAAGAACAAAUUUUUCCCCAUGCGGGCAGAGGUUUGAAAUAGCAUAGAUCAUUAAAAUCCGCAGGUAAGCUUCAAACCUAGAUUUUGCUAGCUACAUGUGCCUGGCAUAUAGUGUGUAUUCAAGAAAUACCUGAUGAUUGACAGAAUGAAUGAAUUGGAGGAAAAUGAAAUAUUUAUUCAACAAUUAUUUGUGGAGUGCCUAUUAUGUACUAUGGCAGAUAUUGAUAUCGUAAGUCAGAUAAAAAUCCGGCUCUUAAGAAACAGAGGAAAUAGAGCUUGGUGUGGUGGUAUGUGCCCAUGAUCCCAGAUAGUUGAGAGACUGAGGGAGGAGGAUCACUUGAGCCCAGGAGUUCAAGGCUGCAGUGAGCUAUGAUCACGCCACUGUACUCCAGCCUGGGUAACAGAAGAAUACCCUGUCUCUUCAAAAGAAAAAUGAAAUAGGGGAAAUGAGAUAUAUAAAUAAAGAACAAUAGUGAAUGUGUCAGGUGAGAUGAAGGACUUGUAAUGUGCUGUGGGGGUUCAAAUAUGAAGAAGGCCUUCUUCCUCUGGAAAGGUCAUAAAGAAUGUCACACUUGUGUUGGAACUUGUGAAGUGGGUAGAAUUUUAUCAAGUAGAAAUGAGAGAAAGGCAUGCCAAGCAAAGGAUCGGCAUGAAUAAGGUCUACUAGUUUGUGGUCCUCUGACUAAGAAUUUGUGCUGUGCCUUCAUUAAGAGAAAGCAAGGAGCUAGUUUGCCUGGAGCACAUGAUGUAUGCAUGACUUACACAUGCAACAAUAAGAAAUAAUGCUAGGAAGGCAGGUGAGGGCUCACUCACAGAGAGACUUGAAUGUCACACUGAGCUGGCUGGCUUUCUUCGGGUGAGAGAGUGGGAAAUAAUUGGGGAACUGACCAAAGUAUGAAUCCGGGAAGGCUGAACUUUAAGAAAGCUGAGACGGUGGCUUCCUUGCCUAUGCAAGGAACUAACAAGCCACAUGUACACUCCAAGUUGAUUUAACAAAUCAAAGGGAAAAAUAGCUGUACUUUGAGUCCUGUGUCUGCAUUCAUCAUUAACCUAAGAAAAUACAGCCAUUUAAUAAGUGGACAGGCAACACAAUUUAACAGCCACUUUAAAGUUUUCAACAAUAGGUUUCAACAACCAAAUCUAACAACUUUUUAUAUCUAUCUAAUCUAAACAGUAAAACCUCAGCUCCAGGUUUUACUGAGCUUGAGUGCUACUUUUUUUUUUGAGACGGAGUCUCACUCUGUCACCCAGGCUGGAGUGCAGCGGCACGAUCUUGGCUCACUGCAACCUUCACCUCCCGGGUUCAAGCUAUUCUCCUGCCUCAGCCUCCCAAGUAGCUGGGAUUAUAGGCGUGUGCCAGUUCUACUUCUUAGUAACAAACUAGUAGCUAAUCAAAUGCCUACAUAAUGGUCAUGAUAAAUCUGUUUAAAUAAAUGGCGGGCAGAAGGGAGUUGUUGAAUUUAACAGUCCAUCCUUCUUCAGAAUCUAUGGGUCAGCCAGAAUAUAAAUCUAGUAAUUAUUGGAAAACAAAACACAAACUCCUUCAAAGAAAUCUCUCUCCUGUAUUCUGCUGAAAAGGGUUGGUAAACCUGACAUCCUUUCUUUUGUUGGAAGACAAAUCCAACAUUUGUUAGACAUCCAACAUUUGUCGGAAGUCUACCUUACAAGGAACCACCUCUUAUCUGCAACAUAAACAGAAGCUACAUCAGGUUGAAAAUACACAUAGAAGACUGGGGAAAAUUGCCGUCCCCUUUCGCACUAGGUUUUACCAGGGGCCCAAGAUGUCAGAGGAAAGUCCGCGGAGGGCCAGCCACAGGUUUACCUAAUUAUGAAUCUCAGAUUAGAAUGUCUUAUUGUGUGGAAAAGUCAGAACUCAGGAAAUGUGUCUGAAGCCAGAGCGGGGGUCUGCUUACAGUCUACACAGCAGGUAGGGGUCCACUAUUUGAGUAUAAGCCUCUGGUCAGUGAGCAGUGCAGAGGUGCCCCUAACUUCCUAUGGGGGGAAAGAGAGGAGAGCAAAGGAAACACACUCCAGAAGUCACCACGAGGGCUGUGUGCCAGCGCUCCAUUUUCAUGCUGUUUGGAAAAGACGGGUCAAGGAAGAUGUUUCUAUCCAAAGUUUUCACGGAGCCUCUGCUUCCCCUGUACCUGUGUAGCUCCCUGAAACUGAGGACCCAUGUGUCUGCAAAGACCUCUGGAGAUCCUAAGAGAGAGAGGCACCAGCAGGUAACCAGUGGCGGCCUGGCCACGAAAGAGUAUUUGAAAUUAAACAGUGAGCAAGUGCAGAAACAGCAUCCCAAACCGCAGGCCCCACCACACGCAGGAACCAGAAAGCUGAAGUUUCACCAAGGAGUUUACAUAGUAUUUCUCACUGGGAAUGGGGAUGGGUAGCAAAAAGCCCCUUUCAUGUACAUAAUGGUUGGUCCUAUGUCCUACUUUUAUUUUCUCUAAGACUUUUAGAAGAAAGGCUGUUUUAAUUUUUUUUUCUCCUUAAGAGCAAGUUCCUUUUUAAAAUGCUUUCCUCUUCUUGCCGUGCUUGAGUAAUGCAGGCAUCAUUCUGAAAUACCUAGGCAGUUGCCUUUUGCCAAAAUUACUUCUCUAAGAAAAUAGAGUGUUCUUUUUUUUAGGACUUAGAACCCACGAGGGGUGAGUGGAAGUUUUGUAGCCCAUCAAAGGUGAAUAUGUGUUCUGCAGUAUCAACUAAAACAGUGUACAAAAUCAUUAAACUGGGCCGGGCACAGUGGCUCAUGCCUGUAAUCCCAGCACUUUGGGAGGCCGAGGCGUGUGGAUCACCUGAGGCCGGGAGUUCGAGACGAGCCUGACCAACAUGGAGAAACCCCAUCUCUACUAAAAAUACAAAAUUAGCCAGGUGUGGUGUUGCAUGCCUGUAAUCCCAGCUAUUAGAGAAGCUGAGGCAGGAGAAUGGCUUGAACCCGGGAGGCAGAGGUUGCGGUGAGUCGAGAUCACACCAUUGCACUCCAGCCUGGGCAAUAAGAGCAAAACUCCGUCUCAAAAAUAAUAAUAAUAAUAAUUUAACUGUGUUCUGCACACACAGAAUUACAAAAUCCCUAUAGGACUUUCACAGAUAGCUUUGGGCUUAAGGUCUUCGGAUAACAGGUAGUUCUAAUUUCUUACUCUUUGGGACAUUUAGUACAUGUUGGUACACAUAAGGAAAGAAAAUGGCUUAUAUUAGAGCUAGGAAACAGGGGCAGCCUGGAUUUUUAUGGUAGGAACUCACUCUGUGCUUUUUUUUUUUUUUUUUUCUGUUAAGUUUUCUUGACACUGACAUCAGUAACAUUGGCUAAAGGGAAUUGUGAGUCAUGUGAAUUUCGCCUGCAGUGCAGACUUUAAAGGACUGUGUUCAUUCUGAUUUGGGGAUGAAGAGAAUGUUCCAUGCACAUCUAUUGAUUGGUCUUGGCAGUUGCUGAUACACUUGUCUCGUUCACACUCCCAAAGGCGAGGAUUUACCCUGGAAAUCAUAAACCCCCACUUUCCAAAGCAAAGAUGCUAUUAAUGUUAUGAUGGUGCAUAAAUACCUCAACUGUCUGGGCUGAGAGAGGGGGCUGCAGGUUUUUAAGAGAGCAGCUAUAGUCCUCAUUCCACGUAGUCACAUCAUCUGAUGACAGGACUUCACAUUCUAGCUUUUCUCACUGUGGAAAAGAAAUGUUACUGUUUAAUUCAUAUCCAAAGUUAUAAAUACAGCUUGUAAAUUUUACUAACUUGUUUCUUUUUCGUUUGGUCCUUGAGAAGUACAACUUGCAUUUACAGAUGGUAAUUCCUAGUAUUGUUCUCUGCUAUCUUUUUUUGGUGUGAAAUUGCUGUAUUUGUUAAAGUUUGUUCGUUUUGUGGUUUUUAAUUCCCAUUGGUGCGCUGUACAAUGUAGUGUAUCGUGAAGAAAGAAAUAAUAUGCAGAUGUAUUAUGAAAUGUGUUUUAUUUUCAAAUGUGUGGUGUUGACAAUAUAUUGAUUUAUCAAGAUACUAAGGGAAAGUUCUAAAUUUAACAAAAUGUGUAUAUUUUAAUAAAUGCAUAAAGCUUUAUUGUGUGCCUUUAAAUUUAAAAAUGGGUUUAUAAAGAAAGUCAGAAAGAAAAGUGUCUUACUAGAAAAUAUCCAUAGUAAUGUAAAGCUUUUACACGAGACUACCAAAAAAAAAGAAAGAAAAGAAAAAGGAGCCUUCCCAUAUUUUGUUAACCUUAACCAAUAUCUGAAGUCUGUUACUUUUUUUCCAUUCUUAAAUGGAAAUGAAUAAGUGAAUUUCGCCUUAAGUGUCUCAAUUGUCCUUUGUAGAAAAGCCAGAUAAAUGAGCUCAUUUUGAAUUGCGUUAUUGUGGAAAAUUCAUUUUCAGAAUAAAACAUUUUAAAAAGUACAGCUAAUCGACUAAUAAAAUUUAAAUUUGAAGAAA